CUCCUCCGUGGCUGGUCCGGCGGCGGCGUCUCCCGCCAUCGCGUAGGUCCCAGGAGGAGGAGGAAACGCGGGGGCCAGGCGGCUCCCGGGUGCAGCGGCGUCGCUGCCCGCAUGGAGCCCAACGUGCGCUUCUGGAUCACGGAACGCCAAUCUUUUGUUCAAAGAUUUCUUCAGUGGAUGGAAUUAUUGGAUCCUACAAAUCUGGUCCUUUCAAUUGAAAAAAUAGAAAAAUCGAGGCAACUAUUGUUAACAAAUCAAGAUGCAUCCAGACAUGACGUGGAGGACCAAAGGAUACAAGAAGCUUGGAAGAGAAGUCUGUCCACCGUGCAUCCUGACAGCAGCAAACUGAUCCCCGUUCCUUUUCGACCUGCAGCUUUCCUGCCUUUCACGGCGCCCAUGGUAUUUUUGUCGCUGCUGUCAGUAAAAAAUCUGAAGUCCAUGAUUUUACCUCAGGUUUCUUUCUAUACCUACACCACGGCGUUCAACAUCAUCAACGGAAAUGCAAGUUACAAUCGGCAGCCGUAUGAGAGUAUAUUACUAGGAACAGGAGUAAUUGCUUCUUCAACCUUUUUUGGAUUACUCCCUCGUUUCCUCCAGUUGAGGUUUUCGCUGAAUAACAUCUUGACGAGAAAGGCCCUGCCCGUCGUCUUUCUCACCCAGGUCAGUGCAGUGAAUGUUAUUGCAUCCCGAAGCUUUGAGCCCUCGCGAGGGAUUGAGGUCAUGGACAAGGAAGGCAAUGUCAUAGGCUAUUCCAGAAAAGCCGGGACAAAGGCUGUGAAGGAUACAGCCACAUCCAGAGCAGUGCUAUUUGGGACCUCAGCUUUUAUCCCCGAAGUCUUCUCCUAUUUUUUUAAAAGGACCCAGUUUUUCCAGCAGUAUCCAUGGUCACUGUGGACCUUAAAGCUGUCUUGUACCAUCUUGGUGAUGGGGCUCAUGGUGCCAGUCUCCUUUAGUAUAUUCCCGCAAACCGGACGGAUACAGUGCAGUAUGCUGGAGAAGGAAAUUCAGUCUGCAACGCAAGAACCAGAGCUCUUCUAUAACAGAGGGGUGUAGGGGGCAGUGGGAGGUGGAUUUCUUUGGUUCCUGCUUGAAAACCCGCUUCACAAGGUUUCCGUUUCGAGAACUCUGCCAGAGGCCUUCUGGACCCCGGAGGUGUCUGCACCCGCGGGACGGCGUCUACCUACCAGGACCAUCUCGAGGCCGGCAUGCCUGGGAUUGGGAAGCUGGAUGAAAGUAGGAAAUGGGAGGCUGUUCUGUGUGACUCACCCCACGGGGUUGCUCAGGGGAUGGGUGGUGUACGAUUCGAUUUUCUAUUUGCUCGUCAGCCUGUGAGAGGAUUCUGUGAAAUUGCUAAUAAACUUGUCUAAAGUUGA